AUGGCUGUACGGUGGGAAAUCAGCGAUAUGAGGGUUGAGACCAGCCCAGGCGAUCACACCCGAGAUAGCCUCUUCGCCAAUGGUCAAAUGCAGGUACCUGUAUUCGUGUCGAUCCAGGCACUCAAGCCGAACACCACUGAAAACUACACGCUGAGCGCGGCAGAGCUUAAUACUAUCAAGCUUGUGGACUAUUUCAGUCCUACGACGCAACUGUCGGCCCCUUGGACUUAUUCGGGCCAGGAAAACGAAUUCCACCAUGUGUUGCCGUCAACUGCGAGCAAUGAGUCUCCCCAAACCGACGGGUCCAAUCAAACUGCAGCGUUCCAAAAGAAAACCUGGUGGGUUUCGACCUCGAAAGUCGAGCACAAGAACAUCGGGGCAAGCAUCCGGGCUCCCGAUGGGACCGUCUAUCAUACUGGCGGCGGUGGGCCGAACAGGCUCGAUUCCCAUGUGACCAUUACGGGUAUAAACCCUGUACAUUACAACAUGAGCAAUGUCCAGUUCGACCGAGAGGAUACCAAAAAUGGGAGGACUAUAAAUGGGAACUUCUUAUUCGAUCAGGACAAUUAUUAUUUUUCAAGCAAGGUCCAUCGCUUCCAAAAAGUCCAAAUCAGGGGCCAUUUUUUUAACCCGGCGAACGAUCCUCCGAUUGAGCGAUGUUAUUUGCGAGUUUCGCGGUAUAAGGGAAAUCCCUUUAAUUCCGAACAAAGCCACCUGCACUACUUGUGGCUGAUGGGCUCGCAGCAAACAAAGCAAGCAGGGAACAAGAACGCACGAGCCGAUAUUACAAUCAAUCAACGACAGGGCGCUCUCUGUUUCACCCGCUUCACUCUUGAAGGCAUGGGCAGAUUAUACCCCGACGGUGGUGGCUGGUUUACAAAUCAGUUCACUAUAUAUGAUCAAUAUGGCAAUUGGGGGAAUUUCGAGGCAGGCCAUGACGGCUCAUCCAACCUCAUCACCAUGUCCGCUGUCAAUUCGUUAUUGGUUGAAAAGUCCUCGGCCAGUGAGAAUUUCACGCCCUUCAGUCCAGAAGAGGCGGCUUCCCUUGAUCUGGAAGAUUGA